CACAUACUUCCCACUUUCUUCCACAAUCACUCUUCAUUCAAGGGUCCUGUCCCCAGGUAGCGGGUUGCUUCUGGCACAAUAGGCAGCUCCGGCAGACAAUUACACCGUCAGAGCCGGGAUCGACCACCGGACCUCCUGCUCGGUAUACCAGAGCUUAUAAUCGUCCGAGCACAGCAGAGACUGGCAGGGUACCAUCGUUCUCUCCUCCUGCAGCCAUGUACGCCACUCCCAGCGCCACUCCGACCCCACCAAACUACGCCCAGGCCCCCGCGCGAACGCCCUCGCGCCGCCCCGCGUCCAUCGGCGAACUCGCAGAGCGCGCACUCGACAACCUCUGGGACGAUCGCAAGGACCUCAAGUUCUACCUCCGCCAGGCGGAGCAGUACAGGAAGGAUGGGAAGGCGUUUGCGGCCCACGGCGACCACGAGAACGCGUUCGUCUCGUUCGCGCGCGCCGCGACCCUUGUGCUCGACAAGCUCCCGAUGCACCGGGACUAUAGGACGAUGCUGAGCGAUAAACACAGGCAUAACUUGGGACUGAACGGACAGGACAUCCUCGACUGCCUCGGCCAGCUCAAGCCGAUCCUCGUCGAGCGCCACGAACGAUGGAUGCAAGCGCACCCGGAGGAAGCAGAAGACUCAGACCGUACACCCGAUGCGCGCUCCCAGGGCCUACCACCUCCCGGCCAGCGCGCGCCACGUGAAGUCGUAGAUCGGCAGCAGCAGCAAGCCCUGGAAGACGAGCGAGCGGCCUGGCAGCGCCAGCGAGAGGAGUUCGAGCAGGAGCGCGCCCAGAGCUCGGCGUCGCAGUACGCAACUGCCCGGAGCGUAUCAUCCGCCUCGACACAAGCUGCCCUCUCCGCAGCCCGCCAAGCAGCUGGCAGUCGUGCGCCGUCAACUGCGCCGACACCCGCCACCGUUCACCGAGGCGGCGAUCUCGCCUUUGCCACAUCCCCGCCGCCACAACCGCAGCCCGCCGCGUCUCGCCACGAGCAACAUCAGGAGGCGCUGCGGCGACAGGCGGAAGAGAUCCAGCGACGGAAGGAGGAGCAGAAGCGCCAGGAGCGCGCGCGGCUGGUGGAAGCAGAGACGGCAGCGCGUGUCGCGCGCGAGCAGCAGCAAGCCGCUGCCAUGAUCAGCCCUCAGCCGACCGAGCCGCAAGCCUACCAGCACCCGAGCUCUUCCACCACUCCCACCCCCGGUGUCUUCGUUCCCCCGCCCCCAUCGCAGUACCCGCGGACGCAGCCCACCACGCCGCAACCCGCGCAUUCCCAGUACGCUACCCCCCAGCAGUCCCAGCACUCGACCCCUCAGCCGUCGGCGCCAUCAUAUCCUACUUUCCCCACCCCGCACCAUCAACCAUCGGGCUCUCACCACUCGGGGCCGCACUACCCGACGCUGCCGGGGACCAGGGGGCCAUCACCGCAGCCAUCGCGCCCAUCGUCCCCUCCGAACCAGUACACUGGACGUCAGGAGCCGCCGCCGCCCAUGACCAUGCCUUUGGAGAACCCGGCGUACGACGACGACACGACGGACUCCGAGUCGGUGCACCAUGGUCACACGCGACGACCAAGCAAGCUCCAGAAGCAUCGGCCUGGGGAGAAGAGCCCGCCCUCCGUCGGCCAGGGCGCCGCGCAUAUCCAGUACCCGCAGCUCAUGUCGCAGCACCAACGCGGCCAGGGGUACGCGCCCUCCAUCAUGUCCACCGACGAGCAGGCCGGUGCCGCCCCGCCUGCGCCGACCAACAACAACCUCCUCUUCGACGGCAAGCAGUUCGAGCGCGCCCCGCGACCGCUCUACUCCAGCGACCUCCUCCCCAAGCCCUCCGCGCCCGUCGCCUCUUCCUCUUCCACCUCCGCCUACCCCUACCCCGCCCAGCCGCGCGCGCCCAAGAAGGAGAAGGAGCCCCCCAAGCCCGGGCAGCUCAAGCGCGUGACGGUGCCGCGCGAGACGCUCCCGAGAUUCCUCGCGAUCGCGAAGAUCAACACGUCGCUGAACCGGGAGACGUGCGGGUUGUUGCUGGGCAAGGACCGGGGGCACAAGUAUGUGGUGACGACGCUGCUGAUCCCGAAGCAGCACGCGACGAGCGAUACGUGUACCAUGGACGAUGAGGAGCUCGUGUUGGAGUUUACGGAGGAGAGGAGUUUGAUCACGCUGGGUUGGAUCCACACUCACCCAUCGCAAUCCUGCUUCAUGUCAUCGGUAGAUCUGCACACGCAUUCCGCCUUCCAGUGCAUGCUGCCGGAGUCGUUCGCCAUCGUGUGCGCCCCAAAGUACAACCCGACAUUUGGUAUCUUCCGCUUGACAGACCCUCCAGGGUUAAAGAUCAUCUUGGAUUGCCAGGCGAAGGAGGCGUUCCACCCGCAUCCGGACAAGCCGAUAUAUACCGACGCGGACAGGGAGCACGUCUACCUCAAGGAGGCUCACCUGGAGAUCGUGGACCUCCGCUAAUCUUGGUCCUCGAAGAACCGCGAGCGGCACCUGUGCAUAACUCUUGAGAAGAGGUUUUGUUACGAGAACGAAGAGAGGAGAGGAGGGAUAUGACUGACUAAUCGAGGGGGCUACUAAUCAGAUCCAGAGGAAAGCUAAUGGGAAGAGGAUGAAGACUUAUCGAAGAAGGUGGGGAAGAGGAGGAAGCAAUGGGACGCAUCAUCAUCGUGAGUAGAGGACAUUGGCUUUCACCUUCAUCUAUGUAUUAUGAUCUUUACGCCGCAUCCAUGCACUGUAUAUUAUGCACGCAUCCACCAUGAAUAUGUAUAGCAUGCCGUUUCCUUGUUUUCUACUUACGC